GGGGCCAUGCGAUCCCGUUGUUGUAGUUAUUAUCAUCAUCAGCCAUGAUCAAUCCACUGCUGCAUCGACGCCUCCUCUAGCCGUCGUAAUCCCACACGAUCCGGUGAUGCGAACGAUCCACCUAGGCACGUGCUGUUGGACUGUAGAGUACAAUAGCAAAUCUAUAUAUUAUGGGCGUGUGUGUUAAUGAACAUGGGUUUGGGUGAUUUUGUAAAGACGGGCGAAUAAGGCUGGGUCCGUGCAAUGCAGCGUCGCCGUGAGACGCCUGACAUCAAUGCUGGAUCCUCCUCCUUGACUCCUCCUCCUCCUCGGCAUCCUCGCUUCUUUGUUUCCCGAGCAAGGCGAGGCGGCGUUGUGGGGAGUUCUAUUUUCGUUCGAUGCGUCUCUCUCCAGGGAUUAUUCCCGAAGCUGCCUGCCAUCUCUCUGCCCUGGUGUCGUGUUCUAUCAGACGGGCUGCCCGGCACGAAUGCUCUCUCCCUCUCUAAUCCAGCUAGGGUUGGCUACGUACGGCGCGAAAGAAGUUCAAUCUACAUACCAGUGAUGCGGCGAACGUGAGGAGGAAAUGGCCUGGUGAGAGAGUCUGCCGAGUACUGAGUAUCAAGCUCCACAGGUGUGCAUGUCGGAACGGCAGUGACACCCAUCGGCACAGGAGGAGGAGAAAAAUCACACGGCAGAGAUGGCGGGCAGAACGGAGCAAGAAGAGUCCGAGCGGCCGGCAUUGGCGAAGCAACAUCAGCCAAAGGAGAAGCGCCGGGCAGCGCACAAAAGCGAGGUUUCAAGUCACGACGUGCCCAGUGGCACCGAUGGGGAGAGCGCCAGCACCAGCAGCACCGCCGAGAAGCGCAAGCGCCGCAAGAAAAGGGAGCCGAGGCCCGAGUCGGUUAUCAUCUUCCGCACGGAGGAAAAGGAGAACGGCGACGAGAAUGUGCAGGAGCAGAGCGGCAGGGCCGAGGUGGAGGACGUGUGCUUGGAAUCCGCGGGAGAAACUCGUCACUUCCCCCCGGCGCUUGUCCCCGGCGCCCCGUGGGACCGCGCCGACGGCCACUAUGUGACGCUGACAGGCACCAUCACGCGCGGCAAGAAGAAAGGCCAGCUCGUCGACAUCCACCUGAGCCUUACCGAAAAGGAGCUGCUCGAGCUGGGCUGUGGACCACCUCCCCAGGCGCCGGUCACAGACAGCGGCGGCGGCAGCGGAGGCACAAACGCCCCGACGACAACGCCAGCUCAGACGCACGGGGUCCAACGGAACAAGUGCCACUCGCGCUGCCGGUGCGGCUUGAACCACGGGCCACACGCCAGCCUGUGGAGCCUGCUGUGCCUGCCGUUCGCCUUUGUCGCAUCGCUGGUCGUGGCCUUCUACUACGGCACCAUCACCUGGUACAACGUCUUCCUCGUGUACAAUGAGCAGCGGACCUUCUGGCACAAGGUGACGCUGUGCCCGCUGCUGAUGCUGCUCUACCCUCUGCUCAUUGCGGUGACGAGCCUCUCACUGGCGGCGUACGCGGCCGUGGCGCAGCUGUCGUGGUCCUUCACGGCCUGGUGGGGGGCCGUCAGCGACCCCGAGAAGGGCUUCUUUGGUUGGCUGUGCUCGCACCUCGGCUUGGAGGAGUGCGCUCCCUACAGCAUCGUGGAGCUCAUCGAGUCCGGCGCGGCACCGCCCGGUCACGGCGGCGGAGGUGGCGACGACGAUAGCGACGUGGACAGGGGUGCCGUGCGGAGGCCGUUCGCUCAAGGCAUUCAAAUGUCUUCCGUGUGAAGACGCGCUUGCACACGUGAGCAAAUGGAACAUCUGUAUAGGUGUUUUUGCGGUUGUGCUGUACAGCUCUCCAGUGUGGUUUCGGGUUGUCUACCGCGUGUCGUUCGGCAUGAUGUCCGACCUCUCACUCAGUGUCUUGUGAGCCUCAUUAGAAACUCAACGGAGCUCGCCUCGAACUUAAAUGGAAGAUUAUCCAGUUUCAGUUAAGUUCAGGUUGUGGGUGGAUUGGUGUGAAAUGUCGGACAUCUUGCUGAACAAAACAUGGUAUGACCCCUAGAAUGCACAUUGGACAGCAAAUUGAAUAUAUUUACAAAUGUGUGUGAUGCAAGGUUUUCACGUGUUUUUUUUAUACUAAACUAAGAAAUACUAAUGGGGAAAAAGAAACGCCCUAAGUUAUUUAAUCCAUUGCUAAUGACAGUCAUGUUUUAACGAUCUGCAGUGUGAUAUAGCCUAAUUAAUUUUAAUCGCUUGUGGGCGAGCGUUAAGAAUCUGCCAGGGCCUCUCGUCAAGUGGCGCUUGUACGUGUUUUCCAAUUGCUCUUUCAAGUGAAGUUUACUCCCAGCACAAGCAACAGGUGCAUCCUCCCAGCGUGAACUACUGUCGAUUCGCGCAGAUGAAGCAAACUAAUGCAAAUGCCGUGUGUGAUGAGUGUUCUGCACCGGGCUGCAUUGAUCUUUUUUUUAUGAACUUCGAAUCAACAAAACAGGGUCCUGUUUAUGAAGUAGGAGCUGUUGCAAUAUUUAUAACCCUAAACCCUUUGAAAACGACCUUUAAACAGAGGAUGAAAAUAAAUGUUUUCUAAAUAUGGAACAUUUUUGUAAUCAAAGGCAACAAAUUUAAUAUUUAUACCUUAAUGCAGUGCUUUGGAACUCAUUUUUUUAAAUUAAAAUUUACAGAAGCAUUGUUGACACAUUAAAGUUUACAGCCUUAUGUUGUUCAAAUUGUACCCAGAUAUGACUACUAUGUCUUGUGACUCGCGUUGUGAAGUGCGUUUGUUUUGUAGACCGCGAUCCUGAGAAUGCUGUUGUGGUUUGCAGCUUGUUUGUAAUCUAUUCACACUUUAUUAUUGUGCCAAAAAUGCACGUUAUCAGUAUAUUAUCGCAUACAAAUUACCACUCUGUUCUCUCUCGCGGUGCAUCGUGCAAGCGCUGAGAUACCUCCCGACAAAAAAAGCGAUCGUAGUUAAUUCUCCAAUCGUCUUCUAUUGUAAAAAAUACGAGAGCAAGUGUCCUGUGUAAUGACGCCACAGUAACUUACAAUACCUUGCAUUCGUUUUGUUUAGAAAAAUUGCAGCUGCGUUGUCAACGGUGGAUUCUGGAUCUUACACCCCAAUGCUUUUUGAGACUUAUGGUGCUGUGCAAUAUACUGAUUGCAUUUUUUUCGCAAGCUUCUCUACACAAGCCGACUAAAGGUCCUAAUUGGAAAAAUCCAGGUUGUAAUGGCAGUCGCAUGGGACGGGCAUGCAGGAGGAUGAAGUGAAUUAGUACGGUGUAAUGCCCUUGUUUUAUUUAACAGAUGAUGUUGGCUGGGCUGUGUGCACGAGUUGAUGCUUGGAGUUAGCAUGGCCUUUUGUUGGCUUUCACGUCGUGAGCGUGCUGUCUUCAUUACAUCAGUGCCUCCUGAGUUGAGCUACGCACAGGUGUCUGUUUUAAUGACCCAACUGUCGGUUUCUAGUAUUCCUUGUGUGCGUUCUGUUUACAGUGAAAUGUGAACCAAUAAAAUACAUCUUUGUUGACAUGUU